UUUCUACUGCUCAAAUUUCGUGUCGUUGCAUAAUGUAAUUUAUGAUAUUAUCAGUGAAUGAAAAAUAGGAGUAUGAAAACGCGUACACGGAAAGUUUUUACUCUCAAUGAACAGGGACUUAGUAAAUAAGCAAGUUAUCUAAAUAACAAUCACAUUUCCAAUUCAUUUCUUCUUGGUUCUUUUGUUGUAUACCACAAUAACUCAACAGGUGAAGUAUGGCAUGUCCACGAAUAUGCAUCAUUGGAGCCGGACCAUCCGGAUUGUCGACACUGUAUCACUUCGCUAAAAUGGAGCAGAUGCCGGAAAUUAUUUGUUACGAGAAGCAAAGCACAUGGUUAGGUCUCUGGAACGUUUCAUGGAAAACAGGACUGGAUGAAAACGGAGAACCUGUUCAUACAAGUAUGUACAAGCAUAUGUGGUGCAAUAUACCGUGCGAAUCGCAUGAGUAUUAUGACUACACCGUUGAACAACAUUUUGGUCAGAGAACUCCAUCGUUUCCUUCUCGUAUCGUGAUGAGGGAUUAUCUUGAAGGUCGUUUUACAAGAGGAGCACCUCGUGGACGCAACCUUAAAGGCUUUAUACAAUUUAAUACCGCUGUCCGUUAUGUGAAGUACACGGACGAGAAAGAUGAAUUUACAGUUACAGUUAAUGAUUACAACACCGGACAGACACGAGACGAAACGUUUUCACACGUUAUUGUAGCAAAUGGUAUUUUCAACACACCAAAUCUCCCAGAGUUCCCUGGUAUGAACGAGUUCAAAGGUCGCAUUCUGCAUUCCCACGACUUUCGCGACGCUAGGGACUUUACUGGACAAAGGGUAUUGAUUAUUGGCGCAGGUUUAACUGGUGAAGAUCUUGUAUUGCAACUUCUCAAAUUUGGCGCGGAAAGGGUGAUUCUCGCCUACAGAACGAGACCAAGAGGAGACACAUGCAAAAUGCCUGACAACGUUGAAGAGAAACCAAUAGUAGAACGAUUUGAUCAUAAUACAGCCCACUUCAAAGAUGGGUCAUCCGCAGAAAUCGACGCCGUUAUUUUGACUACAGGCUACAGGAACUAUUUCCCAUUCCUAGAAGACAGAUUCAGGAUACCUGAGGAAACGAGUCCUUACCCAGAAGGAUUGUACAAGGCGUGUUUGUUUUACAAGGCAGGAAACAACCGACUGUUUUAUGUAGGAGUUCUAGAACAAUUCCAUACUCUUUUGCUCUUCGAAGUCAUGGCAAGCUGGACUUGCAAAUAUAUCAUGGGGCAACUGUCGGAUGAACCAAAAGAACAAAACGAAAUGGAAUCCGACUGUCAUAGAUGGAUUGACCAUGUGAACGCAGUCGUAUCAGAGCCGGAUUUCCUUCGUUUUCAAGAUGCUUUGAUAUCACAUUUAGCAGAGCUAACAGGCUAUAAUAACGAUGUAGCAAAAAGAGAAGCAAUCCUCCAGCAAAUGUUAAAAGAUAAGAAAGACAGUUUAGGCCUUGCCAGUUACAGAGACAGGUGUUUUACUAGUAUCUACAGUGGAACAGUCGCACCCACACAGACCCCAUUCAUGCAAAAUUUUGAUGAUGACAUCGAAACAUUUCUUCAGUUCAAAUAAAGGGACUGAUGAAAGUCACUCUAUAUGAUAACUCAAAGUAUUUUAUUCGGAUUAUAUAACUCAGUACUACUAUGUUUUGACACAAAUAUGAUGUCUUCUCUCAGGUUUUAUUGUCACGUAUAAGGUUUUCCUAGUAUUAAGCCUAAAUUUCAGUAGCACCAUAUUGUUUAGUUAUCAGUACCUUCUUGAUAUUUGCUUAUUUUACGGGCGGCGGUUUUUGUCCGCCGAACUAUAUCUAAUCUGGUUAAUUUCCUGUAACGGAAAAACAUUGCAGUUUACAAUCUUUGAAAUGCUUAGUUUCUCCGUUUACUGUCAACAACAAAAGCAAUACAGCUGCUUCAUGCACUCUCAUUAUACUUAAUAUUGGACUUCGGUUUUAACGACCUUUUUAUGUCUUUUCCGGUUGAUUAUACGAGGUAUUGAAUCUUGCAAAAAAUAUUGAAGUGCGGUUUAAUCUUGAGCUUUCUGCAGAAAAAACUAAUUAUAAAAUACUUAUAUAAAUAGAGUGUGUGUGCAGUCAUUUUUUAUAAUAAUAUCAUUAGUACUACAACUAAUGGACUUGUACAAAUUAUGACGAAGGCGACAGUGAACAGCUUACUUAAUAAAAAAUACGGGGGUUUUCUAAAACGUUUGUAUGAACACUUAAACAAGUUAGGCCACAUAAAUAAAUAUGAUACUUAAAUCCUUUUUUGUUUCAUAUUUACUUCUCUUAAAUUAACUGGAUCGGAUAAGUCUUUGGAUUGGUCUUCCUUAUGAACCAUAUACAUUUUACCUGCUAGGCCGUUUCGUGUGUCUUGCGCUGGCUCCGUGGCUCUGUAUGUCCAUUAGCUACGUGAUCCUGAAGUCUUUAGAUGUUCUGAGCAACUAGUGCAACAUAAGCUCUCGGAUCAGCACCAUGAGGUUCUUUUUUCUGAUGGUUCGAUAUCUCAGCAGCGAUAUUUUCCUGGUACAGUGGAACAGUCGCACCCGAACAGACCCCAUUCAUGCAAAAGUUUGAUGAUAACAUCGAAACAUUUCUUCAGUUCAAAUAAAGGGACUGAUGAAAGUCACUUUAUAUGAUAACUCAAAGUAUUAAAGGUUCAUCAUCAUAAAGUUGUUUUUUCUGAUGGUUCGAUAUCUCAGCAGCGAUAUUUUCCUAAGUACCUAAUAAUGGUGCUGGUGCGCCCUUUGCAAAAGUCUUCUAAGUCUUCUAACUAAACUGGAUUUAAAAUAUUAUACUUGCCGGCCCCUUCAGAUUAAAAAUGUUACCAUAUCCUCAAGCCAAUUUAUGUAUAUGAUUAAUCUGAGCAUAAGUCUUCGAGGCAAAGAGUCGGAAGAACAUAAAUGAUCGCAUUUAAGAAUGUAAAGAAUUUUCUGGUAGAGUACUUAUCACAUGUCAAAAUCAAAAAUGCGAAAAGUGAAAUAUACAUUUUAUAGCGUUUCUUAUGAAAUAAUUGAUAAAACAUUCACAGGUUUUCAAUGGGCUUCUUAUUCUGUACUGAAGUUAGUUUAAUCGUGUGCCGUUUUGAUUUCUUGUAUGAAUUUCGGAUAUAAAGUGUCAGCAUCAACACGAUCACAUUUUCCUUAUUUUGAUUUCCUACCUUUUCCGUUGUGAAAAUAUAAUUUUCAUCUCGCUUAUUACAAGAAAUACAUAUACAUAUUUAAUUUGCCUUCCUCAAUAACACGGAUUCGAUAUUUGAAAAACAAAGGUAUAUAAUAAAUUUGUUAAAUUAAUUUUGGAAACAAAUGUACGUAAACGAAAAUGACGUCAGGCGUCUUGCGACGUAACAAAGAAUAAGAAAUCUCCAUUUCAUUUUAUUAUUACCGGCAUAAAAUUGAUAAUAUUUUCACCAAGUAAAGUUAUAUGAAUCGAGAAUAUAUAAAACAGUAUUUCAUCAUUUACACUUACAUAUAAUCAGACCUAUUUAUGUUAUUCUUAUUUACCUAAUUUGCACGGGAAUAUUAUUGCGAUUUUAUGCACAAGGUUCUUGUGUACAUCAGGGAUGGACUAAAAGAAGAUUUAAAUGACUUUCAAAGUUUAGGUUGAUGCUGGAUGUUGCCUACUUUGCGCCUGGUUUAGACGGCCAAUGCAAGGAAUGUCAUUGUCUAUGUAUUUAAGCAGCGGUUUCUCACAAGGUCGCUGCUGAACAAGGAAAAAUGUGAACUUAAAUGAACUCAGUAUUGUUAUAUUUUCUAAUUCUUUAGGAUCAUGGAGUCCAGUCGAAUAAUAGAAUUCCGCUAAAGCGGGUGCUAAUGGGCAUGAGAGUUGUUGCACAUUUCAAUGUUUCUCUUGAACAGACUCAAGACUGCUAUUUUUUUUUCUUGAUGGUGUUCUAUGAUUCCAAAUGAUCUUAUAGAUUUUAUUUUCUAUCACAACAGCAGUCUUUAUGUGCCUUGUAGCAGCUAUAAAAUGUCUCCGGUACCUGGACUCUGUUGUUAUUUUAUCUUGUCCAUCUGGGAUCAUAGUAUCCAUUCCAUUACAAUAACAGAAUUCCGCUUAAGCUGGUGUUAGCCGAGACGUGUGGGAUGUUGGCUAUUUCCUUACUGCUUAUGAACAGAUACAAUCAAACCCAGUCAGCUAUCAUUUUGCUUGGUUGCUUCAUACGCUUCCAAAGGAUAUUCUAAUAGAUCACCCCUACCACCCGUGAUGCACAUCUGUAUCUAAGUUGUCUUGAUAUGAAGUAGAUCUGACUGGUUUUAUUAUUCAUAUGAUUAUUUUUAUGUUUAAGUUAUCAAUAAAUUUAAGGACGUUCAAAAUGUAGGUGUAAAUUUUAUUGGAAAUUGCUACGCCUGACAUAAUUAAAGAGUGCAAUUACUUUGAGACUGCCCACACCCCCUGAUCUGCUGUCCACCCACGUGCUCGUCAUAAUUCUUACAAGUCUUAUAUAACUUCUACUAUUACUAAUACUACCACUACUACUAAUAAUAAUAAUAAUUAUGAUAAUUAUAUAGGAUAUUAAUAAUAAUAAUAAUAAUAAUGAUAACAACAAUAUUUAGACGAAGAAGAAAAAGAAGGAGAUGAAAAUCAGUACCUGUUUAAUUUAAAGUUAAACCGAAUAUUGUCAGGCCCCUCCGUAGCCAAGUGGUUAUGGUCAAUGACUUAGAAUGUUUUUCCCUAACCAAUAUUACCUCUACACUAAUCUCGCUUGAGGUGAAAAAGCCAGGUGCCUACUAGGGAUGAAAAUAUGCCCUGAGGGGUGCUGAAGUUUUCCCUCACCAUGAAAAGAUCGGCGUUUAACAAAACACAUCUUAGAUGGUAAGAUACUUAAUCCUAUGUCCGCGUUUGUUCUUUUCACAUAAAGUCCUUUGGAAUAUUACCUCUUUCGUAAUGAAAGAUAAAUUUGUCAAUUCAUUUCAAAUCAAAAGUCAAUUGAAAGUUAUUCAACCUAAGUAUUACAUGGUAAAACAACUCGACCUUUGAAAAAUAAUUUUACUUCAAACUGUUUUUUUUUUUGUAUAUUCAAUAUUGAAAUGCAUCGUUUGGAUUAUUCCAGGAAAUCAAAGUCAAUGUCUUGGUUACAAUAAUUAUCUGUCAGCUGCAGCAGAACAUACUGGUACCUUAACGUCAAUUGCAGACGUCAUUUGCUUUCCGUAAGAAGUGUGAUGUUCUUACAUUGUCACGUUUAUUUUCAAUUAUAUGUAAUUUUAAGCCAUGAAAUUUAUAUACUUAUAUAUAGGCUGAAAACAUUAUUUAAUCUAGAGUUUUGUACAGAUGGAAAGAGAAAAUAAUUAUCUCAACAUUAUUAUGUUUUAACUGGCAUAUAAUAUUUAUCAUUUAGACUUGUACUGCAUUAACUUUACAGGAAGUCACAUACAAGUAAACUGGAUUGACAAUCGAUUAAAUUAACAAAAUGUACGCGUUUAUAUACAUAAAAAACGUUUGAUCGCUAAUUUUAUACCCUCUACCUGGAUCAUCUGCAGAAAAGGGUGCCGUUAUUUAAAUACAGGCUACUUAUUUAGGAUAUCGGAUCAAAUAUAUUUCUAUCCAGAGAGACUGAAUAACGCUGCAUUGUUCUCUUAGGGAGGAAGCAAUGGGUAGGAAAGUUUAUGUUGUUGUUGUUACAGUGUACAUUUAGUUACAUCAUGACCCAAUAAGUUUACAUAUAUUUAAAUUUUAUCUAUGGGGAAUAUCAUCCAUGUAUAAAUUUAACGAAAUCACAACAUGAAUUUACUUCUUACAAAAUUAAUGCCAUAUCACUUUGAAACGAUCAUUUCUGAACAAAAAAACUAGAAUGUGAUAGGACCACGCCCCUUUUGUGCUAUACUGCAGCAUGUACACUAUUAUUUUUGUGUAUAUUCUAAACAUGUAGAUACACAUGAAAUUAUGUUAAUUUGUUUACUAGCUUUAUAUUCUAAAUGUUGUUGUUGUAGUGUACUUUUAGUUACAUCAUGACACAUUAAAAUUACAUAUACUUAAGUUUUAACAAUUGAGAAUAGCACACAUGUAUAGACCUAACAAAAUCACACCACGGUUUUACUUCUAACAACAUUAAUGCCAUAUCACUUUGAAACUUACAGGCAAUAAUAAUGAUCAUCUUUGAACAAAAUGAUUAGAAACUGAUUUCUGUUCUGUGAUAGGACCACGCCACUUCUGCACUAUACUGCAGAAUGUACACUAUUAUUUUUUUGUAAAUAUUAACCAUGUAAAUAUUUGUUACACAUGAAAUUAUGUUAAUUUGUAUACUAGCGUUAUAUUUUAAAUAGUAAUCUCAGAUUGUAUUCUGAGAGAGCAGAAAAUAGUUUUCACUACAAGUGUUUUGCAGAAUACUGAUUACUAAAUUUAAAGCUACAAAUAUAUGGAUCACAAACAAUG